AUGUUUGGCUUCAUUGUAAGGUACAGCUUUACGUACUACGCUAUGCUCGGCGUAAUUGUCGCCAUCUUCGCCAUGUCUGCAAUCGCUGCCGUCGCCCUUUUGGGACACGGCGAUGGCAUGGCAGGCGACGGCAGACAAGACGACGGUAGGGCAGGCGACAGCCACGGCGAGGAGUUACAGACCUUCUCUUUGCGGCAGCGAUGUUGCACUGGCGACCGGAAGAAACACAAACCACCAUUCGACGCCACGGCCAGACGUAUUGCGGAGAUGGAACACGGCGCAGGCCAGGGGUUGUUAGGCCAGCCAUUGCCGAAUUACGGUGGUUGUGGGGCUAGAGCUUGCUACUAG